UGACGCCACCCGUGGGGCAGUUGGAACCAGACAUCGUCCUGUAUGCCCCGUCGUCCUUUGAAUCCUGUUACGGUGGGGAGGUCUCUUGGAGAGAGUGAUGCGUAGCGAAAGAGAAAAGCACGGGCAAUCAAUUCCCUAUGCUUUAACCCAAUCAAUACACUGGGUCCAGUCGCCGAGGUUUGGUUCGAUUGUGAGGCACCCGCAGCGCAACCUCCCCCAGAUUUAGAAGGAAGAGCUAGAAACCUAGUUUGACCCGGGGACAUAAUGGGGGGGGGAGCUGACUGACUGGCUUUCCAAACUAUAUAAGGAUCCAUGAUUCCUGUCUUCGGUCUCCCAUCAUUUCCAAAUUCACCAAAGACAAAUUUCCUUAGAUUUCUUCUCUCAUCCAAUCUCUCUUUCUCCCAAUUCUGAACUAGAAGUCGAGAAGUCAAUUGACUCUUAUCUCUCCAUUAUCAAAAUGUCUGCCGAUCUGAAGCCCCUUCGCAUUGUCAUGGCCUGUGACGAGGCUGGCCAACCCUACAAGGAGACUCUCAAGGCUGCCCUCGAGAAGAACCCUCUGGUCGAGUCCGUCGAUGAUGUCGGUGUUAACUCAACCUCCGACAAGACUGCCUAUCCUCACCCCGCCGUCGCCGGUGCUAAGCUUAUCAAGGAGGGUAAGGCGGACCGUGGUCUCUUCAUCUGCGGUACGGGUCUGGGUGUUGCCAUCGCUGCCAACAAAGUUCCCGGCAUCCGUGCCGUCACUGCCCACGACUCCUUCUCUGUCGAGCGUGCUAUUCUGAGCAACGACGCCCACGUCCUCUGCUUCGGUCAGCGUGUCAUUGGCAUUGAGCUCGCUAAGAAGCUCGCCAACGAGUGGGUUACCUACCGCUUCGACCCCAAGAGCGCAUCUGCCGCCAAGGUCCAGGCUAUCUCCGACUACGAAGCCGAAUUCGCCAAGGCUCAGUAGAUCCUCGAAUAAUGACACUUCAAACCAUGAUGUACGAGCGAACGGAUCGCCUGUCUACGACGGCAUCUUAACGACGGCGCUCAUAGCGCAUCAUUAGAUCAGCGAAACCCGCUUGGUGGAGGCAUCCGACGAGUUCUCCCGAGCUCUCCCUUACGCUAUGUUCUUAUACCUCUUCCGAGCGACUGGACGGCAUCCCUGAUCAGGGUGGAUGGCUCCAUAAGCCUUUGUUUAUAAUAUUGCAUUCACAAAAUAAGUCCACGAUACCACGAAGCGAUUGGAAUGAAUUUGGCUGGCCGAAUUUCUCAUGUUUGUUUUACUCCGUCCUGGUUAGUAGUUACUAGACCGCAGGGUUAGGAUAGAAUGAAUAUUAUCUUUUCGAACCGUA